AUGUCCACGCGCGUCGUCUUUCUGUGCAUAAAAGCAGUCUCGCCUUCACCCGUCUUGGCGCGUGCGAAUGGGCCGGUCCCUGGGAGGUGAGUGCGAUUUUUGUCUCCUACGCUAUCCCGUUUUUAUGAUUGUAACCGGUAAUUUAAAAAUCUUAUAGGGCCUAUGCCAGCUUGUCAUGAACACCUCUAUGUUAUACAGCUCCAGUAGUGGAUUCGUGUUGCAGAUAAGUCUCGUGGUGAAUUGCUUUCGCUUUGUUGUGCUGGCACGCAUUUAGCGGACAGCAGUGUUGCCUUACCCGUGAACAGACUUUUGCGUGCUUUGUCACUGGCGCCACCACCUAUUCUGUCGAAAUUUGGCACGUGUGCGGGACGCGUAGACGGGGUGUCUAUCUUUGCCAGCCAUUGCGCCCGAAUCCAUCUCUGGUCGCCUUGAUGGUUUCUUGUAGUCACAGGGGGAGUAUGUGGUAGAUGCUGCGCAAGUCGCCGCUGCUUCGCCCAUCCUGUGGGGUACACGGUGAACGUCGUUGUCCGUGAACCUCAAGCACUCACAGAGCGAGGCUUGUGCCAUAGCGGUCUCCGCGACCGAUCUCCAGACGGCAUAGCUUUUACUCAUCAGUGAUCUCACUAGAGAAAGAGAAAGUGAGACCGACCUAGCUCACAAUUUCUUCGUCACCUAAUGCGCUCUUCAAACAAUUACGACUAGUCAAAUGUUGUGGCCUAGGAGGCUGCCAACAAACCGAUUAACUCGAUUGUCCAGCGGAUUAGACUACGGUCACUACCGCCAUGGUUCCUUUACAGCCUGAACAGAGAUUCAAGACUUCUUCCUAAGGCCGGACUCGUGUGCGUUUAAGGGCCAUCAUUUGAGUGACGUGCGUAACCACGAAUUCGGUUGCAUCAGCCAUUGCGUCCUCGUCUUGCGUCCUGGAAACGUGACGGGUGUUGGUGAAUCAUUUGGGCCUCUGAAGCAAUAUGCCACAUCCAGAUGUCACAGCCGGAAGAUAUGCGUCGUGUGACAGUUUUGGCAUUCUCUAUUCUCCUUACCUGGUCGUUAAAAUCUCCUACUAGUUCUUACUUACGAACAAGGGAUUCGACUGACGUCAUGCACUGAAAUACUCAGUGUCUGACCGCCUCUUUCGUGUGUUAACGUUUCAGCGGUUGAGUAGCACGGGGUAGCUCGACUGUCGCAGGCACCCGUUUAGUUCGGAAUAGCCCCGGCCACGACUUUGCGCGUCUGAACUGUCAUAGUGAGAACUCCUCAGGACCCAAACCUGCCAGUCGACCGCAGAUGAGAUCUGGCUUCCAGGCUGGCUUUGGCGUUAAAACACUCGUCUACGCGUGCCUUUCUCGUGCUCGCCCUUCGCCACAUAGUCCUUCCAUGACUGAGAUGUUCACGUCCUGCCCGCCCACCACAGCCUUCAUAAUUUCGUGACCCCCGACGGCUUCAGUCAAGUUUCCAGUUGAUGAUACCCUUGCUCUCUCUACCUGUCUCUUGCUGUAGGGCCAUCUCGUAUGUUCACCCGCCGGCCCACACCAUCCCCUUCCUCGCAGCGACCGCCUCCAUGCUGGGCGUUGUGGUCACCUACCCGAUGGCCCUCAUCCGCUCGAAGAUGCAGGCCUCCUUCUACUGGAAACAGCCCCUCCAUGCCGGCGGCAACCCGCACCCCAAGCUCACCCUGCCCAGUCUACUCUCGGCCAUUUGGCGCGAUGACGGUGUCAUCGGUCUCUACCGGGGAAUGGGCGCCAAUCUGGUCAAGGUUCUGCCCGCUACUGCCAUAAGCAUGCUCACCUAUGAGUCCAUCCGGCGGAAAUGCAACCUCGGUCCAAUGGGCUCGGGGUAG